GCAAGGGCACGGCGCGUCGUCAAGAUACACAAUAUUCACGUUCUCCGGCACGAGAUGCAGUCGGUGAUCGAACUUGUGGACCGUCAUGAGGAUACAACAUCGCGAGUCUGCGAUCAUGUGCUGCAACGCAACAUCUGAAACCACUUUGCCGUCACAUGGCACAUAAGCAGAGUUCGUCUUCAGGACCGCAACAAUUCCGACAAUCAGUUCGACAGAGCGAUCGCCUAGAAUGCAGACGCGUUCGCCUGCUCGAGCCCCGAGACCUCGCAGGCGUUUCGAGAGACAGGUCGAACGCUGAGCGAGUUCGGCGUAAGAGAUCGAGUUCCGGUAGCAAUGUCCUCGACGGCAAUGACGCCGGGGUGGGAGACUGCCUGGGACUCGAAUGCGUGCUGAACGCAUUGAAACGGAGGGGCCACUGGAGACCCGAAAGCAAAUAGAGGCAGAUGUUCAGACAUGAUCGUCUGUAUUGUAGUUUGCAUUACAUUGCGAGCUGUUUUAUACCAAGACCAGCGAGGGUGGGAUAAUCUCCGGAUUAGACAGUAGCUUCUUCAACGUUAUGCGCGGCAGAAAGCACAUGUGGAGCCGCAUGACGAGCGAACCAGCCCACACUCUACCAAGACAAGGUAGUAAUGGGGGAGGGUGGGGACCAUGAGGGGAGUCCAGAGAGGAAACCAGACUCCCACGUCUGAGGUCGGCUUUUAAGAAGAAUCCUAUACGGGUCAAUGUUAUUUUUGAGGGCGCCAAUGACGCGGACUGGAGGAGAUAGAGAAAAGCCCGAAGUUGAGUCUUUCGUGGCGGCCACACCCGUAAAAAGGCCGAUGCAGGGUCCGGGCGCAAUGUCGGAUCGAGUGCGUCGAGCCAACAUGCAGCAAUUAUCCGUGUUGCACUUUAGGUUAGAUCGACCGGUCUGCAGAUGAAGAGUUACGUCUUUCGAGAAUCAGCCCCGUUGACAGACCGGUGACAUCAAGCCUCGCUCUCACGCCGAUCUCAUUCGUCCUGAAGGCCCCCACGCACACCACGUCUGAUUUUAGAAAAAGCCCUGGCGAUGUUUGCCACAAAAUCCCUUAUCCACCGGGUAUCGCCAUUUGUUGCGUGCGUCGUGUUUGUGGGUGGGCAAAAACGCAUCUCGUACGAUUCCCUUCCUAAACUUGUCGCUUGUCUCUUGCCACCAUGAGCCUUCACACCGCGACCACCUCAGCCCCAGUCAACAUCGCAUGCAUCAAGUACUGGGGCAAACGCGAUACUAAGCUGAUAUUACCCACAAACUCUUCCCUCUCCGUCACGUUGGAUCAGGAUCACCUCAGAUCGACUACGACCUCUCGUGCUGAUCCCUCCUUCGAGAAAGAUCGUCUCUGGCUCAAUGGAAUCGAGGAAGAAAUUAAAGCAGGCGGCCGCAUGGCGACGUGCAUCGCCGAGAUGAAGCGCUUGCGAAAGGAGCUUGUCGAGGAAGUAGAUGCGUCUGCUCCCAAAAUCUCGGGCUAUUUCGUUCACAUCGCGUCGCACAAUAACUUCCCGACCGCGGCGGGUCUGGCCUCAUCGGCGUCGGGUUUCGCUGCUCUGACCGCAUCGCUGGCGGCUCUCUACGCACUGCCCUGUCCCCCGACGACCCUCUCCCUCAUUGCGCGCCAGGGAUCAGGUUCCGCGUGCCGUUCUCUGAUGGGUGGUUUCGUCGCGUGGAAUGCCGGCACCGAUGCCUCUGGUCUGGACUCGCAUGCCGUCCAGAUCGCACCAGAAUCCCACUGGCCUGAUAUCCACGCUCUCAUUUGCGUCGUCAGUGAUGCGAAGAAGGGAACCAGCUCCACAUCCGGGAUGCAGCGCACAGUCGAGACCUCGUCCCUCCUGCAGCACCGCAUCAAACACGUCGUUCCCCAGCGCAUGACCGAUAUUUCUGCCGCGAUCCUGGCGCGUGACUUUGACCGCUUUGCGGAGAUUACGAUGGCCGAUUCGAACCAGUUUCAUGCCGUUGCACUGGACACCUCGCCGCCCAUCUUCUACAUGAACGAUGUCAGCCGUGCCAUCGUUGCAGUGAUCGAGGAGUACAACCGGAUCGCGUUGCUGCCUGAGAACGGAGGCAAGCGUAAAGCAGCCUACACGUACGACGCCGGCCCCAACGCCGUCAUCUACGCCCCGGCAGCCAACAUCAAGGAAAUCAUCAACCUGAUCGUCCAUUACUUCCCCCAGCAGGAUGCAUUCAAGGACCCCUUUGCCUUGUUUGGGACUGCCGGUGUCGGCUCUGGUGCAGUUCUCGCUGGAUUCAACGUGAACGUCGCGAAAGUGGCAGAAGUCGGAGCUGUCAAGGGACUGAUCCACACGCGGGUCGGCGAUGGACCUCGCACAUUAACGGAAGAGGAAUCCCUGCUGGGAACCAACGGCCUGCCCCUCAAGAUGGCUCAAAAAUAG